CAGACAAGUUAGGAUAUGUAGACAAAUACUUACAAUGAGUAGAUGAUGUGGCUACACUCUGCACGCAUAUGCCUGUUAGGCUGAAUUACAGCAUGUUUUAGCAAGAUACAACCUGUAAAGGUAUUUCCUUGGCCACACCUAGAAAAGAUCUGAAGGAGCCACGGCGCUGUGACUGUGCAACACUAUUAGACUGAAGUCUAUUAGGACCCUUCUCUUCCCUCUGCCAUACAGGCAGCUAGUUCAAAAUGGACUGGAAAACAUUUCAGGGUCUCCUGAGUGGUGUGAACAAGUAUUCUACAGCAUUUGGAAGAAUCUGGCUAUCGGUGGUGUUCGUAUUUCGAGUUCUCGUGUAUGUGGUCGCAGCAGAGAAAGUAUGGGGAGAUGAACAAAAAGACUUUGAUUGCAACACUCGGCAACCAGGUUGCACCAACGUUUGCUAUGACCACUAUUUUCCAAUUUCCCACAUCCGGCUUUGGGCUCUACAACUCAUAUUUGUGACUUGCCCUUCACUUUUGGUUAUUAUGCAUGUGGCUUACAGAGAAGAUCGAGAGAAAAAGAACAAGCAAAAAAAUGGAGAUGAUUGUCAUAAAUUGUAUGAAAACACUGGCAAGAAACAUGGUGGUCUGUGGUGGACCUACCUUUUAAGCCUUUUCUUCAAAACUGGAAUAGAAAUCGCAUUCCUGUACAUCCUUCAUAAAAUGUGGGAUAGCUUUGACCUGCCAAGGCUUGUGAAGUGUACUAACGUGGAUCCUUGCCCUAAUAUUGUGGAUUGCUACAUUGCGCGACCAACUGAAAAGAAGGUUUUUACCUAUUUUAUGGUAGCAGCCUCUGCCACCUGCAUUAUCCUAAGUAUUUGUGAGAUAUUCUACCUCAUUUUUAAAAGAGUUGCCAAUUCUGUUAGAAAGUAUAAAAAGGCCAAUAAACACUCAGUUACCUACAGCAAAGCAUCGACCUGUCAGUGCCAUAUUCAUUUGGAAGCCUCAGCCUCAGAGAAGAAACUACUUAACAAGACAGUGGAGUCUCUCAGGGCCUCUGCUCCCAAUCUUACCUCUUUGUAAAAUGUCCCUAUCCGUUUAAACAUAUUUUGAACAGUCCUCCAAGUUACCCAAGUCACAGAACUUGUAUGACCUUCUAUUUUGGUAGUGUUUAUCUAAAAUGUAUAGAAGAGAGACAGUGGGAAUCUUGAUGUAAGAACUUUGUCUAAAGAACCUACCUCCUUCCGAGCUGCCAAAACAAAAUCUAAAAAAGUUUUACUAAGGACAGUCUAAUAUGGGAUUGUCAAUUCUGAACUCCAUAGCUAAAAAUUCAACAAAGACAGUAGAAGAUCGGUAUAAAAGAAUUACUGUCUACGUCAGGAGUCAAGUGCUAUACAGAUCCUAUCUUACGCAUUUCAAAGUUUGGUUGCAAAAUGACACCAUGUAAUUUAUGGAGGUCUUCAAAUGAAAGUAUUAUACUUACUGCCGCGCUAUACUUGUUAACAUAGACUGCUGUAAUGAACUACUUGGGAUAUUGGGAGUUGAAAAAGAAAAAAAACUAAAACAUUUUUUAUAUUAUUCUACUGUAUUGAUGGCAUAUAGUUAAACCUGCCUGAUGCUGGUGAUAUCGGUUCGAAUAUAUAGAUUUCUAUAGACAGUCAUACUGGCUCUCCGGAGAAGCAAAGGAUCCUCCAGUGGGCUGAGAUUCUGAACCAACAGGGUUC